CUCAGCUCACGGGGCAUUGUUGACUGCUGAGGUGUUUUUGAAACUGCUCAACCGGCUGCCUUUUACAACUAUGAGGAGGAGAAGCGGUAGUAACGCCAGCAGGAGAAGCUCAACGAUUAGAAGACGCAGUGAGAACCUGCGUUUCGAUGAAUUCGGCUUUGCUCUUACUAAACGAAAGGACCAAAAACUUCAUCACCGAUGUCAUGAUUACAGCUACCCCCAGCUGAGCUCGGUGAGGGUGAAAGAGCUGUGUGAGCUGCUCAGCUACUGGAAUGGAGCCAGCUUUAUCUGCAAGAGCCAGAUUGAGCGAUUUAUCAGGAUGGGUAUUCCUCCAAGCCUGCGAGGUAGAGUGUGGAAGUGUCUUCUCACCCUUGACAGCCUGAGAGAAACCAGUGACUUUAACUACCAGAAGUGCUUGUCAGAGGUGCGAGGGCCCUUGGUGGACUUGGGAGUCAGUGAGUACGGCAUCCUGUCGGCAAUUGCCACACUGAGCGACACCCAAAACGACCUGGAUUUGAACCAUCAGCAGUCCUCCAACUGCCCCGAGCCCCGAUACUCUGUAGAUGACAUCACACUCUUCAGACAGAUUGCCCUGGACCUCCAGCGUUCCUUCCCGACCCACCGCUCUCUGAUGGGGGAAAGCCCAGAAGCCAUCGAGGGUCAGGCGAAACUCUUCAGGGUCCUCAUCGCCUAUGCCAAAUACAGCCCGCAGGUUGGAUACAGUCAAGGGAUGUCCUACAUAGCUGCGGUGCUGCUGAUGCAGUUAGGAGAGGAGGAGGCGUUUUGGGCUUUGACUGCCUUGUUGGGUAAACCCAAAUAUCUGACCGAACUUUUUGACCUCAGCCUCAACAAAGUCCAGCAUCAGGUGAAGGUGUUUGACCAGUUCCUGAAACACAGGAAGCCACAGCUCUCUCAACACAUGGAGUCAGUAGGAGUCUUAUCAGUCUACUUUGUGAUGCCAUGGUUCCUCACUCUCUUCUCAUCCCUACCCUGCUGGGACUCUGUCCUGGCUGUCUGGGAUCUCAUCAUUCUGCACGGCCUAUCAGCUGUGUUCCGCACGGCUCUGACCAUCAUUGAGCUGCUGGAGCCCCGACUGCUGGACCUGCAUGAUGAGGGAGCAGUGUUACCCCUGCUGUUGAGAGUACCUGUUGAUGUGGCCCAGUACACCGUGUUGGUCCCUGCCCUGUGGAAUACCGAGGUCCAAGACUGGGAGCUUAAAUGUAUGAACAGUCUGGUGUUGGACGAGAGCCACCACGGACCCAAAGCAGAACAGUGUGAAAAGGCCACACUGCCAACCCAGGUCAGUGGAGGAAAAGAAAAAGAAAAUGUAUCAACACCUUCGGAAGGAGAAAAACCUACUGAGAAAGACUCAGUUACUAGGGCAAAAGGUGUACUGACCCGGGUGAUGCGUCUGGCCCAGCGGUACCUGUUGGACCCAAUGGGUAGACAGAGGGUUGAAGAGAAGGGUUCUCAAACACAGACAAAGCCCAGACAACGUAGUCCUGCUCCUGGACGAGUGUUCAAGAGUCGGACCUCAGCUUCACUAACACAAGCCCAGAUCAGAUCCAGGAGGCGGAGCCAGCAGAGAGGCCGGGCACAACAGCCGGUAGUGCAGGGGAGCAGUGGUGAUGUCACCGUGGCCCCUGUCACUGUGACAGAUACCGCUGGUUACAUUAAAACUGACAGAUCAGAGCAAACCUUCAAGAGGUCCGGUACAGGACCUGUUGGCAAGGUGGCCCAUCUUUGUAGCAAUCACAGCCUCGUCCAGCCUGUCCGAGUCAAGUCCCUCCGUCUUCUACGAAACAGCAAGAACACACUGAGCCAGACCCCUCCCGCCUCCUCUAUCCUCCCCUCAACCCUCCGUUCCGCUACCCUUCCUCCAACUUCCUCCAUCCCGUCUCCUCCAUCAUCCAGCGGGGAUCAGCAAAAGCAGCAAGACACACCCAGGACAGCUCUCAUCAAGGAGUUGUCUUCCAGACAUCAGACCAGCGUCCCAUUCAGGAACACCAGAGAAUCGAAGCUGAUCUGACGCUGAAGAAGGGAUAGGACCACGAUGGAACAAGUGAAAUGAUAAAAUGCACUAACUGUUUACAUUAAAUAUGAAACCACAAUAGUUAGUUCUGUAAAUCAAAUGAUUUUGCUUGGUGUGGGACCCAGAAUAGUAACUAACUAACAUGUGGGGAUUCCUAUGCAGGGUCCUUUUACCAGCAUGAGUAUAAAUUGCAGAUCAUCUGAAGUUGCUGCUUAUGUUACCCAGAGCUGUAAAACCAGAUUUCUACUUGAGUAUUAAGCCUGUUAAACAGAGUGUCUUUUAUACUGCUUAUGUUUUGAAUAUAUCAUGUGAGUGUGUACAUGCAUGCACAUAUGCAUUUGCAUGUAGCCCAAAUCUAUUUUGAUACUCCUUUGGGCAGCGCUGGUGCUGUUUAUUUUUCUAGUUGAGACAUGAAUCCUUAACCAUGACUCUGUUUUUAUUGUCUUGCAUAGUUGGGACUAAUAAAAUAUUGAUAUUAUUUUUAA